AUGCAAGACAAUCUCAAAGCGCAGAUUGGAUGGCUAAAGCAAGAGCGUGCUUUUGAGCCAAAAAAGGAGCUUCUGACGCGCAUUUUAAGCCUAGAAACAAGCGACAAAAGACAGAAAGUGGCGGUUCAGUCGCAAGAGUCAAGAUGGACACAAAUGUCGGUGAUCGACCUCACAGCCGAGGCAAGAGGCAACUCCAUGGGCUCAGGCGUCAAAGAAGCUUCAGUUCAGCCCAACUACAGCGCGGUGGUAAGCACAGUGGAAGAGAACAUCACUCCGCGUUCAGGAAUUUCUUUUUCACAUCCAACCGCGAUCCGAGCGUCUAAGGGCGUCACAGAGUCCACACAGCUUUCACAGAAACCCACAUCGCUUCCAGCAACUUCAUAUGUCGAGUCUGGAAGUCCAACAACCAACCAAACCAUUUCGAGCGACUUCCACAGCAGAAUACGAAAAAGCUCUCUUCAGUCGGCAUCUUCCGCUAACACUGAGAUAAUAAUGAUACAAGACAAAAUCAUACAGCUUUUGGAGAAACAGACUGCAAUUUUGGGCCAAAAAUGCUCGAUAAUCGAAUCGACAUCGCUAUCAGAAGACACCAAAAAAGUUCAAAUUCAAGGGCUCAGCCCCAAUCUAUCGAAGCUAGAAAAAGAUCUGGUAAGUCUGCGAAAGACGUUAGAGUCAGCAAAACUCGGCCAACAUGUACCGCAAACCAUCAUAAAUGAAGUCUCGCAUGCUGCAGUCUCCUCAAGUGUGCUAGCAAGCCGUUCCAUUGCCAGUCUGUCCGCCCCUGCCAUCCAGACGCAAUUGAAUCAGCCUCCUCAGUUAGCGGCUCCCAAAACUUUCAUAGAUAAAGAUCUGAUAACGGUCUUGGAUGAUGAGGAUGACGAUAAUGACGAUGAUGACAGGAAAGACGAGGAUAAUGAACCUCGGCUUUUAGCCCAGGUAAGUACGUCAGGUGUACCUCCAGUGGUACACGAGGCUGUGGAUAGCGUGCGUGCACGGUCAUUGCGCAAACACAAAAAUAUCAACUAUAGAAUUCCGGAACUGGAAGACAGUCUGAACUACAACAUGAGACCGUCCUUUUCGGGAACUCAGCCCUCAGAAAGAGACGAGGAGGACGUAACCAUGGAAGCUGAAGACGAAGACUCGCAGUUUCUACUCACCGCGGAGGAAGAGCACGACGACGUUCGGACCAGCGAUCGUGAGUUUGUGGAGGACGGUUUGGACAACUUUCUAGACGAAAGUGUCGAUCAUGAAUAUCAUGGAACUGUAAACCCCAGUGAGCCACAUCAAUCCAAGGAGUGCUGCGAGCAAUCGUCCGAGGUGAAUCGAAGUGCAAACAUACAGAUUAUAGGCUCCUCUCCUAUUCGACGCAGUUCACAGACAGGUGCUGUAUCUCAGUCCGGCACGCCUGAGCUUGACCUGACAGGAGCCGACUUUACAGAUGACAUUGAAUUCGAUACCAUCAGUGAAAGCAUACAGCAGACCUUUUCGAAUAACCCUCACAGCAAUUGGCAACCGUCAACGCUGGCUCAACCAUUACAAAAACCUCGCAAAGAUGAAAAUGUUCUGGACGAUACUUUCACACAUAGUGACUCUGAAGAUUUCGACGAUUUCGAUGCGGAACGGGAAAAUUUGAGCCAAGGUGCGAAUGUUCGAGAGGUUGACGACGAUUUGAAAAUUAUCUCUGAACAGAGGAUAGAAAACGCAAACGGGCUGGCGCGUAAUGUGAAACAGGAGAUCAUUGAUGUUGAUUCAGUUCUCGAUCACGACCAUGGUCAGUCGUACCAAGCUGUGGGGAGUGAUAUCAACGCUAGAAAUGUUAGUCCAGCUAGGAAAGCAUCACACACUCAACAUGAAUGGACCCCUGAGGUUUUUCAUCGUCUUCGCCAUGUUUUUAAGUUGCCAGGGUUUCGCUUUAAUCAACUGGAGGCUGUCAAUGCGACUUUGGACGGAAAAGACGUAUUCGUUCUGAUGCCAACAGGCGGUGGUAAAUCCUUGUGCUAUCAGCUGCCAGCGAUUGUGAAUUCAGGAAGAACGAGGGGCACUACUGUUGUUAUAUCUCCGCUGAUCUCUCUGAUGCAAGAUCAAGUCGCGCACUUGCUGACAAAGAAUAUCAAAGCAUGUAUGUUCAGCUCUAAAGGGACUGCCGAUCAGAGACGUCAAACGUUCAACUUGUUCAUUAACGGCUUGCUGGAUCUCAUUUACAUUUCCCCAGAAAUGAUCAGCGCCUCCGAGCAAUGUAAGAAAGCAAUCGGAAGACUUUAUAGAGACGGCAAGUUAGCGAGAAUUGUCGUCGACGAGGCUCACUGUGUGUCAAACUGGGGUCAUGACUUCAGACCAGACUACAAGGAACUAAAGUAUUUCAAGGAACAGUACCCUGAUAUACCUAUGAUUGCGCUUACAGCUACCGCGAGCGAACAAGUGCGACUCGAUGUUGUACACAAUUUACGUCUGAAAAGCCCAGUUUUUCUUAAGCAAAGCUUUAACAGGACCAAUUUGUAUUAUGAGGUACUCAAGAAGGGCAAAAAUGCAGCUCUCUCAAUAUGCGAUGCUGUCAAAUCCCGUUUCAAGAAUCAAACGGGAAUCAUAUAUUGCCACUCGAAGAACUCUUGCGAGCAAACCGCUUCACUUAUGCAAAAAAAUGGUAUCAACUCUGCUUAUUACCAUGCGGGCAUGGAACCAGAUGAAAGAAAUCAAGUGCAGCAGGCGUGGCAGGCGAACAGAAUACGCGUCAUCUGUGCAACGGUGGCAUUUGGGAUGGGUAUCGACAAGCCAGAUGUUCGCUUCGUUUACCACCUGACGGUACCGAGAACUUUAGAAGGCUAUUACCAGGAAACCGGGCGUGCAGGAAGAGACGGGAACUACUCAUACUGCAUAAUGUACUAUACUUUUCGAGAUGUGCGCACUAUGCAGACCAUGAUCCAAAAGGACAAGACCCUGGACAGGGAAAACAAGGAAAAACACCUCACGAAACUGCAGCAAGUUAUGCAGUACUGUGAAAAUGUUACUGACUGUCGACGGCAACUUGUGCUGUCAUACUUCAACGAAAAGUUUGAAUCUUCUCUUUGCCAAAAGAAUUGUGACAACUGUAAGAAUAGUGUUAACACUACCACGGAAGAGCGAGACGUCACCACCGAUACUAUAAACAUAUUGAGGUUGGUUUCUGAAAUUCAAGAUGAGAAAGUGACCUUAAUCCAUUGCCAAGACAUAUACAAAGGAUCACGAAAUUCGAAAAUCGUUCAAGCCGGACACGACAAACUAAGACAUCAUGGGCAGGGAAGAAACUUGUCAAAAUCAGAGAUCGAGAGAAUAUUUUUCCAUCUUGUUACGAAUCAGGUUCUUCAAGAAUAUUCUGUGAUGACAGGUCGAGGAUUUGCAUCAAACUACGUAAGGACGGGAAUCAAGGCCAGACAGGUACUGAAUGGUAAAAUGAAAGUUUCCAUGCAAUUUGUCACUUCUUCUGACGAAGGCUCGAGACAAUCGUCAAUGCCACCAAUGCCCGUAGGUACUGUAAGUGGAAGAACCUCUGCUGGCUCGAGAGGCAUUCAAUCUACAACGAAUGUUACCGGUGUGCCAUCCUCCGAUCGCCCGGUCCUUAAUCAGUUUGCUUACGAGAGUGUGACCUCAUAUGAGUCAAUUGGUUCUAAGCGCUCUGCAUCGCCCAUUUUAAUGGGGAAUAAUACGAGCAAUUUGUCUCCAGAAGAACAGCUAAGUGUGACUCAUGCUUACCAGGAGCUAAAGCGAAGGGCAAUUGAGGUGGCAAACAAAAAUAGCUAUACAAGUUUCAUGGGCAUUAUCUCCGAGCAAGCUUUGAGAAAAGCUGCAAUUUCAUUGCCAGCUUCUCUGGAGCAGUUCCGAUUGUUGCCAAAUCUAACCACUCCCCAGCAACAGAAUUACAGUCACUUUAAAGACCUAUUUUCAGCGUUACGCACAAAACGUCAGUCUCUGUGCAACCGAGUAACAUCGCAGCAAGUCUCCCAGUCUUUAGAUGUCUCACCUUUUUUCCAAAGCUCUCAGUUCAGAGAGGACGAAGAGACGAAGAGGCGCAAUGAUGAAAUAUUGCAGCAGAUACGGAUGUCUGCGUCGGUCGAUAUAAACACCAAUGUUCUGAGUCAGAAACCAAAAAGUAGCCAAGUGAAGCCAAAGCGAGGCAAAAAAACCAAGUGGCCUGCUAAAAGCUGGACAAGGAAAUAG